GGAUUCACUUUAUCGUUUGUCGCUUAGAAAAUACAACAUUUUUGUUUUUCCGAAUAAAUAUACAGAGUUAUGAAUUAAAACAUAUUUAAAACACACGGGAAAAUUUUAACGUUAAGUAGAAAUAAAAAUGUUUAGUAUGUGUUUAAUUUGACAAUAGGUGUAGUGAUAGUAAACAGCGUUUUCUCUAAAAUGCCAUUCGAUUUUUUAUGUUGUGUGAGACCUGGAGUCGAAGAUAUUGUUGAAUUAGAUUAUUCUCACCAAUCGUUAACCGAUGUUCCAACUGAUGUGUUUGUGUACGAAAGAACGUUAGAAACAUUACUGUGCCAGUGCAAUCGUAUCACCGAGUUACCACGACAACUUUUUAUGUGCCAUGGUCUUAAGUAUUUGGAUUUAAGUGAUAAUGAGCUUCAAGCUAUACCCUCAGCCAUAUCUUCAUUAGUGAAUUUACAAUACCUUAAUAUAAGCAGAAAUACUUUAGCAUCUAUACCAGAAAACAUGAAAGCACUCAAAAACCUUUCGUUUUUAGAUCUCAGUGUGAAUCCGUUAGAAAAAUUGCCGGAUACUAUAACAAACCUAAUAGCGUUACGCGAAUUAUAUUUAAAUGACACAUACCUUGAAUAUCUUCCAGGAAAUUUUGGGAGAUUGGCCCAUUUACAUAUAUUAGAAUUAAGAGACAACUAUCUUAUGAUUUUACCAAAGUCCCUAUCAAGAUCAACUGAACUUUUGAGAUUAGAUAUUGGACAAAAUGAAUUUCAACAAUUUCCUGAGGUAAUUGGAAGAUUUCUGAAGCUUAAGGAACUGUGGAUUGAUGGCAACAGCUUUACAAAUAUAUCAUCUGUUAUAAAACCUUUAGAAAACUUAAUUCAUUUGGAAGCUAGUAAUAAUAUGAUAGAAGAACUACCUCCUGAGAUUGGAUGUUGUUCACAGCUACAGGAUUUGUGUUUAUCAAUAAAUAAUUUGACACAGUUACCAGAUAGUAUUGGGAAGCUGAAUAAUUUAACAUCCUUAAAAUUGGAUAACAAUAGACUUUAUUCUAUACCAGAGAGUAUAGGACAAUUGAAAAAUUUAGAGGAACUUAUGUUAAUGUGCAACUAUUUGGAUAAGUUGCCAUCAUCAAUUGGGCUGCUAAGAAAAUUGCAAUAUCUCAAUGUUGAUGAAAACAUGAUCAAGACUAUUCCUCCUGAAAUUGGUAGCUGUAGUAAGCUGUCAGUGUUAUCACUAAGAGCUAAUAAAUUGUCUAGAAUUCCACCAGAAGUUGGCCAUUUAAGUGCAUUAAGAGUUUUGAAUUUGGUACGAAAUUCUUUAAGUUACUUACCUCAGUCGUUGUUGAAUUGUGAAAAUUUAGUAGCCCUUUGGCUAUCUGAAAAUCAAAGCAAGCCCUUAGUCCCAAUGCACUCUGAGGUAGACCCACACAGCUAUGAACAAGUCCUUACCUGCUUUCUAUUUCCCCAAGUGCCUUUGGAACCUAUUGAGAUAAAAACCGAUAAGGAUAAACCUGAAACUGGUGAUGUUCAAAAUCCUUCAAGACAUAUCAGCUUUGUUGAUAUGAAACCAACAGUAAAAAUUCCAGAAAAAGGAAGCCAACUAAGACGUGCACCCACACCAUAUCCCAAAGAACUUAGAGCUAUGGCAAAACAUGCAAGGAACAUUCACAAAGAUGGAGCACAGGAUAUUGCACCACCAAUGCAAAAUGCUGUUCACAUAAAGGCUGCUAAAAUAACUCCAACUUUGCAACAGAGAUUUGCAUCUGAUAAUAAAAAGGUCGAAAUGGAGAGUAACCAUAAAGAAAAUUCUACAACUGUAUCACAACAAGAUCCUAUGAAUGUAUCUGUUUAUGAUAACCUGCCUGUUGAAAAUUCUUAUGAUAAGCCAUUGGAUCUUGCCCAUGAACAGGAUACAUAUAAAAGUGUUGACCAUGCUUUGUAUUCUGAAAACAAUGUCAACGAAGCAGCCGACUAUAAAGAUGAUGAUGUAAGUUCAUACUCCCUAGCAACUUCUCAUUACAGUUUAAGUCAAAAUGAUAAAUAUGUGAGACAGGAUAUAAGUAGAACCAGUUGUCCGAUACAACAGAAAACUUAUAUAGAACAUCAGAAUUUUCAAUCAAAUUGUGAAAGAAGCUACAGAAAUUGUUCUGAAGAGCCUUGUGAACAAAUACAACGGUUGAGUCUAAGUUCCCAGGACAGACACCACUCUUGUGCUGAAGAGCCUCUGUUAGCUCCACAUUACAAAGAAGUAUCAUAUAACUCCAGAUGCAUGGUUGAUAGCAAUCUUCAUUGUGACUCUGCAUAUGCAACAAAAGAGCCAUGUUUCACUAGACAGGAUGAAAGUUACCAUGAUCCAGCAUACAGAGGUGAUACAUACACAUGUUCUAAAGAGAAAAUAUAUGGACGGCAAAACUAUGAUGUUUUUAAUUAUCAUCCAAAUGUUACUCGUCAACUGCCAAGCCCUCGUUUACAUACUGUAAGCCAAAUUGUUAGUUCAACAACAAUGCCAAAUAUAAGUCAUUAUAAUAACAUGUACUCUAGUCCGAGGGAUGAUUUACAAUUCACGGCAGCAAUGCAUUCAACAUCCUCUCCUAAUGCAAAUCUAUAUGACAUAUCUACAAGUCCCACUUAUGUAGCCACACAAUCCCCUGAACUGUAUUCACCUACGGGUCAUACAAAUGCAACUAAUCCUUAUCGGAUGACAAAUACUCCAUUAGUGUCAGAUGAUGGAAGUUUUGGUCAUAUUCAACCAAUGUUGGCACAAAAUGUAUAUGACAUAUAUGAUGCAAUUCCAGCAUCAUCAAAUGAACCAGGCACUAUUAGUCAUCGACAUAGCCCGAGCAAUAUACCUGAAGGGACAUAUGUUAGAGGUCAACCACCUCCAUACCAUAUUGCAGCUCCCUACACCAAACAUGCACAGUAUUUUAAUGGGACAGGUGGAUAGCUAUAUACUUCCUACUGGGAUAGAAGGUACUAAUGACUCAGUGAAACUUGGUUUGUGUUUUAUAAAUAUUAUAUGAUGUUACAUCCUACACUAUGGAUGUAUUGUUUUAUUGUGAUAUGAUACAUAUAUUAUUAUGUUAGUAUUAAUGGUUAUAAUAAAAGGAUUAUAUAAGGUGCUAUGGGAUGGAACAUACUGGAACGUUUUUCAAAAGGAUAUUUUUGUGGGAAUUAUUUAAAUGUGAAAAAUAAAUGUAUAAAUUUGUAGGUACUUACAAAGUACAAUGUGUAACAACUAUGUUGUUUCGUCAUAUUGUUUGUUAAAGAUUUCUUAAAAAUUACAGUUUAAUGGAAGAUAUCAUUGUUAUUUGCAUUGAAAAUGUUUUAUCACAUUUCGAAAGCAAUUUGAAUAAGAUUCAUGAUUGUAUGUAUGUUUCAGUAUUUUAAAUUCGUUUUGAAGAACACACAGUAUAAAUAUGGAACAGUACGGAAACUACUUUCAAACGUCCGAAACGGUUAUGUUUGUGUAAGUGAGUUUAAACGGUUUCAGUACUGUGAGUAGAUAGUGCCGCGUCAAUUUGACUGGACACGUAUCCGCUUAUUUCCACGAUCUUUUUAAAAAUGCUACGAGCAUAUUCCAUUUUAUUUGGUUUGAAUUUAACUUCAUCAAAACCAAACUACUAUUUUCUUAUAUUUACGCGAUCGUUAUACAUAAAAAUACAACUAAUAUAAUGGAUUUUUAUCGCGUUAUGGACAUAUAACAAACUUUAUGUUGCGUUAAGUAUAACGCUACAAAUUUUUUUCGAUUUCGAUUUGAUAACUACAGAACUCAAAUAUUUUAUUGAGAUUAAACAAUAUGAAUAAUAAAUAUUCCGUAUAUGGUGCGUAGGUAAAUAUUUAUCGAUUGAGCUAAGUUGCCAUUCUGUUUCAUAUUUAUACUGUGCAUAAGAUGAUGUGUUUAAAAAGACAAACAAAAUAUUUUAAAAUAAUUUCAAUACUUUACGUAAAAUAAAAACACUGUAAAAUUAUAUAUCGAUUAACAGUAAACUAUAAAACAAAUCUCCAAAUCAAUAAUUGCUAAUCGUGAUUUGGGAUUCCAUAAAUCGUUUCAAAAAUCUUAUGUUUCGAAAGUUUGCUUUAUAGCUAUUUAAUAUUAAAUUAACUGCACUGCAUCUUAAUGUGUCAAUGUAUUAAACAAGGGCUUGAAUUUUUAAAGUUUAUUACUAUAGGUACUUAUAAAUAAUAUUUGCACAAUAUAUAUAUAUAUAUGCUUAAAUAUUAUAAAUUAGCAUGUGUAUUAUUUGUUUAGCAUAUUUUAAAUUAUAAUUAGUGUCUAGAAAGAUUUUAAUGAAUGUUACAAAAGUUAUGUACAUUAUAUACAUUUUAUGUACAUAUGGUUUUAUAUCAUGUGUAUUUCAAAUUGCAGGUUUCUUAUUUUUUUAAAAAGGUGCUCAAAUUUGUCAGUACUAUAUCUUGCUCCGAUUUUAAAAAUAAAUUAACAAGCAAAGUACAAUGCCAGAUUAAGAAUGGGAAGCGGCAUCUUUUUUUUGAACGGUAAUCGUCCAAAGCUUGAUUUUUUUAAAUGUAAAAUAGUGUAGGUAACAAACGAAACUUACUAUCAUGUACAGUUUGAUUUCAGUCUAUAUUGAGCUUUAGAAGUUUGAUGAUUUUACGAAGUCGCUGAGUCUAGAGACGAGGAUUGAAUGAAUAAUAUAGUUAAAUGUAUUUUUUAUUUUAAAAGUAAAAUUAUGUGGUUUUAUAAAAUAUUGAACUAUGAUACUACUUCACCACACGUGUGAAAUGAUCGCUCUCGCUCCUUCAUAAGCUCGUUACGCAGUUGAUAUGGUAUUUAAAGGGUAUUCAUGUUAUAGUAGCAACUAGCAAGUUUGGUUUACAAUACUUUUUUUUAUUAAAUUAUCAAGGUUGGGUCAAUUGCCGUUCGAAAUAAAAAAGGCGCCAUUUUCCGACAUUGGAUUUUGCUAUUUAAACUAUGUUCCUAUAUUUACACAUCUUUCCACAUCUUUAUAAACAUAUAUAAAGUACAUAUUAAAUUUAUUUACAUACGCGCUUUCUAUUUUUUUUGACUAUCUAUAGAAUAAUUUUAUCGCU